GUGUGUGUGUGUGGCGGGUGGGGGGUCCCUGCGUUCCCGGGAACCUCCUCAGCCCUCCUACCCGGCCUGACUCCUCCUCCUCCAGGCGCGGGGCUCGUGCCCGCCACCGCCGGCGCGCACCGCGCCUCCGCCCGCGUCCCCCCAAUUUCCCCCCCGCCCCAGCUCCUGUCAUCGUUUCCCCCCUCCUCCUCUUCCUCCUCCUCCUCUUCCUCCUCCUCCGCCCAUCACCGCCACUACGAACGCCUUCGCCUCCUUCUACACCUCGCGCCGCCGCCGCCGCCGCUCCUAGCGCUCCUCUCCGGUUUCCACCAGCCCAUCGCUCCACGCUCGCUUGGCUGCUGCAGUCUCGGUCUCUCUCUCUCUCUCUCUCAAGUUUCCUAUCUCGUCAAGAUCAGGGCAAAAGGAAGAAAACACCGAAUUCUGCUUGCCAUUUCAGAGCGGCGGUGAUGAAGACAAAAUUGAACAUCUACAACAUGCAGUUGCUGCUUUUUGUUUUCUUGGUGUGGGACCCUGUCAGGUUGGUGCUGGCUAACAUCCAAGAAGAUGAGGCUAAAAAUAAUAUUACCAUCUUUACGAGAAUUCUUGACAGACUUCUGGAUGGUUAUGAUAAUCGGCUUAGACCAGGACUGGGAGACAGUAUUACUGAAGUCUUCACUAACAUCUACGUGACCAGUUUUGGCCCUGUCUCAGAUACAGAUAUGGAAUAUACAAUUGAUGUUUUCUUUCGACAAAAAUGGAAAGAUGAACGUUUAAAAUUUAAAGGUCCUAUGAACAUCCUUCGACUAAACAAUUUAAUGGCUAGCAAAAUCUGGACUCCAGAUACCUUUUUUCACAAUGGGAAAAAAUCAGUAGCUCAUAAUAUGACAAUGCCAAAUAAGUUGCUUCGAAUUCAGGAUGAUGGGACUCUGCUGUAUACCAUGAGGCUUACAGUUCAAGCUGAAUGCCCAAUGCACUUGGAGGAUUUCCCAAUGGAUGCUCAUUCAUGUCCUCUGAAAUUUGGCAGCUAUGCAUAUACAACUUCAGAGGUCACUUAUAUUUGGACUUACAAUGCAUCUGAUUCAGUACAGGUUGCUCCUGAUGGCUCUAGGUUAAAUCAAUAUGACCUGCUGGGCCAAUCAAUUGGAAAGGAGACAAUUAAAUCCAGUACAGGUGAAUAUACUGUAAUGACAGCUCAUUUCCACUUGAAAAGAAAAAUUGGGUAUUUUGUGAUUCAGACCUAUCUGCCUUGCAUCAUGACUGUCAUUCUCUCCCAAGUUUCAUUCUGGCUUAACAGAGAAUCUGUGCCUGCAAGAACUGUGUUUGGAGUAACAACUGUCCUAACGAUGACAACUCUAAGCAUCAGUGCUCGGAAUUCUCUCCCCAAAGUGGCUUAUGCAACUGCCAUGGACUGGUUUAUUGCUGUUUGUUAUGCAUUUGUGUUCUCUGCCCUAAUUGAAUUUGCAACUGUUAAUUACUUCACCAAAAGAGGAUGGGCUUGGGAUGGGAAGAGUGUAGUAAAUGACAAGUCCCCUUCAAUAAAAGCUGAAGGCAUUACAUUAACAUACAACUCAGUGAAAGCAAUUCUUCAAGGAGCUAAGCUAAUAUGGUCCAAGUAUAUAGCUUUCUCAUGGCCCAGUUUAUUCCAAGAAAAGACUUUAGAGUACUUAGAGAAGUGGAUGGACUGUUUAACCUUCAAACAAUCUUCUAAAAAAGAAAAGGCUUCCGUUAUGAUACAGAACAACGCUUAUGCAGUGGCUGUUGCCAAUUAUGCCCCGAAUCUUUCAAAAGAUCCAGUUCUCUCCACCAUCUCCAAGAGUGCAACCACGCCAGAACCCAACAAGAAGCCAGAAAACAAGCCAGCUGAAGCCAAGAAAACUUUUAACAGUGUUAGCAAAAUUGACAGAAUGUCCAGAAUAGUUUUUCCAGUUUUGUUUGGUACAUUUAAUUUAGUUUACUGGGCUACAUAUUUAAACAGAGAACCUGUAUUAGGGGUCAGUCCUUGAAUUGAGACCCAUGUUAUCUUUGGGAUGUAUAGCAACAUUAAAUUUGGUUUGUUUUGCUAUGUACAGUCUGACUAAUAACUGCUAAUUUGUGAUCCAACAUGUACAGUAUGUAUAUAGUGACAUAGCUUACCAGUAGACCUUUAAUGGAGACAUGCAUUUGCUAACUCAUGGAACUGCAGACAGAAAGCACUCCAUGCCAAAACAGCCAUUGCCUUUUUAAAAGAUUUACCCUAGGACCUGAUUUAAAGUGAAUUUCAGAUGACCUGAUUAAUUUCCUAUUCUUCUAAUAGAGAUGAAAAUGGGGAUCCUGUACAACCCUUUGUGGACCUUUUUGGUUUAGCUCUUAAGUAGGGGUAUUUUCUACUGUUGCUUAAUUAUGAUGGAAGAUAACAUCAUUGUCAUUCCUAGAUGAAUCCUUUGAAGUAACAAACAUUGUAUCUGACAUCAGCUCCGUUCAUGAGUGCUCAGAGUCCCUGUUAAUGUAAUUGGAAGCUUGGCACACAUAAGAAAAACUAGAGAUUUGAAAUCAGCUAUGAAUUACUCUAUAUAGUAUCUAUAGCCAUGUACAUAUUACAGCAUGACAAGCUCAAAUAAUUAUGAGUCAGCCUGACAGGAUGUUAAUUAUGCCUACGAUUUAAUAACUAUUGAAAUGUCAUGGUCAUUACAUUUUUAGCUUCAGAGUUUAUUUGAAAGUAAUAAUUGAAAUCCUACAAUUCAUUUUAAUCAUUGGAAACUACCUUAAUUUAAAAAAAAAAGAAAAUAAAUGUGUCUUAACCUUUCCAGGUAUGUGUUGUAUUGAAAUUGAUCAGCUAAAUUUUACUGGUGCUGGAGACUGGAAAAGGCAUCCAGUUUGGUUGCUGUGGAGCAACAUGCAUAUUGGAUUAGAAAAUUGUGCCAAAUACUCCCACUGAUGAGAAUUCAUAGGUGCCCCACACUACGACAAGCACUUAUAUGAUUCUCCUCUUUUCCUGUUUACUGCAAAUUCUGCCUUAAGGUUUCUUUUCAAGACUCAGAAGCCACUAAUUAUAAAGGAAAGGGCAGUUAAUUGGCACAUAUUUCUCUUGUGAAAGCAGUUCUUUCAGAUAAGAAUUAAUGUAAAUCUGCUUUUGUAAAUUGCAACUUUAAAUUUCGCUGACUCAAAUUUACAACAGCUUUGUAUACCAGAAGAGGUUUUGGUAAGGGUUGAACAUUUUUACACUGCAACUUUAACACAUCACCAAUAGAUUGUGGAUUAUUUCAUGUGCACAAACAUAAACGCACACACGCACACACACACACAGCUAAAUUAGAAACCACAAUUUUAAAUUUUAUAUAAUUACUAGCUAUUAAUGGGUAAAAUUCAUUUUUCUUUUAAUAUUUUAAAAUAUUAUUUAUGCCCCUGAAAUAUGCUAAUAAAAGUUAAAAAUUGUGUAUUAUGCCUAGAUUCAAAGUUUUUGGCAAACCUCAAAUACUUUUGAUUGACGUGUACAUUAGCAGUUAUUAGUUGACUUUUACUAAAACAUGCACCUUUACGAUGGUGUUUUUGUAGAAACAUAAGUAGUCAAAUAGUGACAUUUAUUGCAGUUUUGUACAGUAUUUGAGUAUAGUGCAUAAAUAGGUAUGUUCAUAAAAUCAAUAAAAGGAGUAUCUAUGGAAAUAAGCAAAAUCUCAGCAAAACUUGCUAUUCCUUUGCCUCAUUUAAUUUUUUAAAUUUUCUUUGUUUCCAUGUGAUUCUAUUAUAUGCUUUGCAUGAUUGUAUAAAACCAAGGUCACAAAUGCAACUUAUUAACGGAAUUUGCCAAGAAGACAGCCUUGAUAUUAAAAAUUCCCUCACAAGAGGUAAUCCAUAAUCCUUAAUAAAAUAAAAUUGUUACAUGAGCCAAUAAAUGUAUUUCUUUAAUUCCCUUCCAGUAACACUUUCUUUGUCACCUAGUUUUAAAAUGUGCACUUUAUUCAUACAUUGAAAUAGAAGAUAUCCUAUUUUCUUAUACAUUUAAAUAUCGCAUAGCUCUUCUGUAUAGUUUAGGGAUGUGUGCAAUUGUAUAAGAAAGUACACAAUGCCAGAAGGCAAGCGAUGAAAUUGCUGUAUAUGGUAUGCAUUAUUAGAUACUUGAAGAAUAUUUUUCUUGUAAAGUCCACAUUGCCCCCUCGAUGUCUGACUAUAAGUCUUAAAUUUAUAAAUAUGUGUAUAUGUAAAAACCGUUGUAAAUAACAGUUUCUGUAUGACCACAGAAAAGGCUCAUCUAUACUUUGGGCAAAGAGCUGCUACUAUAUUGAUGGCACCCACAUUAUUAGCAUUUAUGGCAGAUUGACCAAAAAACUUAUCACUGUUAUUCUUAUUUUUAAUUUCAUGUGGUAAAAUUUUAUUUGAGUGCAAUGACAUUCUGGCAGUUCAGAUUUUUCAGUGAUGGGGAUCAGAAUUCUCUGUUAUUUCUUUAAACUUUGAUGUACUCUUUACAUAUUUCUUCUUCUUUUAAUGUUUAAAUAAAUUAAAAGGAGCUUCUGCUCUUGUGGGGAGACUAGGAUGCUCCAUGGAAAUUGCUUUUAAAUUAUAGAACAAGAUUCUUAACAAUUAUUCUCCUUUCCAUGAACCAAUUUAAAAACAAAUUUAAAAGGAUAUUAAUUUAUCCCAAUAAGACCAAUUCUUCAGAAAAUACAUUUUAUAUGUACUAACACUGAUCUCUUUGGCCCAUAAGAUUAUACCUAUUUUGUGCAGUUGUACAAUGACAUAAAGAGUUAUGGUAUGUACAAAAUGUAGAUAAAUACAUGUACAUAUAUAGAGAUAUAAUCUCAUUAUUUUAUAGCUACUACUCUGAUUUCACUAAUAUUUAUUCAAAAAUAUUUUUUACCUCCUCUGUCAUGCCCUGUGAUUGGUGUUAAUAUCAUUCAUGUCACACCCACUGAAUUUAGUUGAAAUUUUAAGUGCAUCUCAUUCUUAUAAUGACUUGAAAUUAAAGACUAUGUAAAACAUGUAUUAAUUUAGUACUGGGAGUUCUUUAAUGAGCUGUGAUGCCACUAGUGUGCUAAGAUGUUUCUCUUUUCUCCUGUUCAUGUUCCUAUGUGUUUGAUUAUAAAAUGGAAGAAAUAUAACCAUUUAAUAAUUUUUUUUUAAUUUAGUGAUUCUAUUAAGUGCCAAUCUUAAUGUUGAGAAAUCUUUUCAAGGAUCUCUCUAUUUUGACUUUAUCUCAGGUUUGGAAAAGUGAUCCCCUUGAGCUAUGUUUCUAAAUUUUUUUUCUUAAAUAGUUCAUAGUUUAUUUUUCAAAACAACGCAGAAUCUAUUAUUUUACUCUCAUUAUUUGGUAAGUAUAAUUAGCAUUUAUGUGGCUCUUUUUGAAUUCCUGGUUGAGGGACAGAAACCCUGCCAUGAUAUAAUCAUGGAUUCUAGAAGAGCACCAAAGCUUUAUAGGUACUUUUCUUUGGCAUGGCCUGUCAUCAUUCCAGUGAAAGAAGAAAGGAAGUAGCUCAAGUCACCUUCUGAAUUAUCAUGGUUCUUUGGCAUCCAUUAAUACUUUGUUUAAUGUAUUCUAUGCCUGAUGCCCUCAGACACAUGUCUGUGAAACACAGACAUAUUUAUUAGUUACUUGGAAAUAUGAGUUUAUGUUAAUAGAUUUCCUAAACAGAUUGUUCUCAUUAUUAGUCUCCUGGCACACCAACAUUCAUCUGCAUGUUUUUGAAGCAAUGGACAAAUCUUUUAACAUAUGAAAAGAUUCAGAAUUUUAAGGGGAUCAGUACCUGACCCAUUGCUACCCUAUAGUGCCAUUUAUUUUCCUUUUAAUUGAGGUGCCAUAGGCACCUCGUGCUUCCCUUUUAUUAAUUUAAAGUAUGCAGAAGUGGAAAAUUUUAACUGGGGAGGGGAGCAGUUAUCUUUGACAUCUGCAUGCUUGAGAAACAUGGACACUAUACCAAAACCACUUGUAACAUUGUGGAGAAGACAAGUUAUAUUUUUAUCUACUGAAUUCAUGCUUUAAAACUUAAAGUAAAUAUUUAACAUAAUUAUUUAAUAUCCAUAAUAUUUUGCUAUUAAAAUUUAUAUUAAAGAUAUUAAUAUUUUCCAUCAGUAUUUAAGAGCUCAGAAUUACUGAAAAGAAGAAACCACAGGAAACGUGAGACUGUUGUUAAUUAAACCAAGUGAAGCAUUUUUCCCUUUUUAACUUCUGAGAAAGUAGAUAAAUUAUACAUAUGUAGACACAAAUAUUUUAAGAGCCAUUAUUCUACUGUGGAUAAAUUAUACAAAUGUAGACACACAAAUAUUUUAAGAGUUGUUAUUCUAUCAUAGUAAGCAUCAUAACUUAAAUACUAAAGUAGAGAAAGUUCAUGUGAAAGUCAUUUGGAAAGGUAAUAAAUUAUUCAAUAUCUACUUAUAAAUAUUAUAUAUCAUAAUUUUGUUUUUUUGCCAAAAUUCUUAAUUAUCAACAUAUCUAGACCACUGUGUCUUCCAUCUUAUUAAGUUGAAAUAUUCUAUUUUUGUUUGUUUAUAUAUGAAGAAAUACUUAUACAGGUAAUUAUACAUCCCACCUCAAACUAGUCGAUGAUGUAUUUAAUACAUAGCAUUACCUAAUAUUGCCAAUAGGAAAGAACAAUUUACAGGUUUAUGUUUCAGCUUACAGUAAUAUUCCCAAAGAUCUUUUAAUAAGGUCUUAGCUGUGUGUGUCAGUGAUGUAUGUUUGUGAGUGUGUAUGUGUGUAAUUCCUAGGUAUGUAAGGAAUAAUAUUUUGAGAAAUUCAGAUAAAUUUAUGAUAUCUAAACAAUUUGUUUUAUUAAUGGAUCCUAUCACAAAUUCAGCUCUUAUUAAACUAGCAAUUAACUUGCACAAUAGAAUGCAUUUUUCAGUAAAUCCAUAACAAACUUAUUAAUUAGAAUUAGAUUUGAGUUAUGCAUAUGGUUAAAAAUAUCUUUUCUAUGUUGGUGUAAACAUUUCGAAUGUAUUUCUAGUUUUUUUUGAAAAAAGAUUAAAUUCAAAAUGAUCUUGCAAUUCUGCUUCAUGAGAUAGAUUAGAAACAUCUUUGAAUGCCAAGUUUCUCAAUGGAGGCGUGUGUAAGCUCUUUUAAAAGUUAAAUAUCUGGUUAUUUACAAAUACAAAGUUAUGUAUAUUCAUUAUUGGUUUGUUUCAUACCUUACUUUUUGAAUUGGAAUGGUUCAGAGUACAAUUCUUACAGACAGCCCAUCACAUACUAGUCAACGUUCUAAGUUUUUUAUGCAUAUUAGUUCAUUCAGUCCUCACAGCAGCCAUCAGCACUGUGUGAUUCUUCAAGCUCUGGAAAUCUAGGUUUUCUGUAUAGUACACCAACAUACCAGUUUACAUAUAUUAUAGGAAAAGUAAACAAAACAAACAAAACAAAAACAAAAAAAAACAAAAAAACCCAAAAAUCUGUAUUUUUUUCUUUGCUUUAAUUCAAAUAUAUACUCAUGCCUUUUGGGGAAUAUUCAUUCAAUAAGGGAGCCAUUACAUGGUUUUCUACACAACAAACAAUAAGUAAAAAGCAAACACUAAACAAUAAAACUGUACUGUACAGUAAGCAAUACCCGUUUUUGUGAUGCUAUCUAUUUACUAACUUUGGUACAAUGCAGUUUCUGGGAAUAUACUGCAGUUUUCUUUUUUGGUUCACAAGUAAUGAUCAUGUAUUAAAAAUGAUUAAUGUUGAUUAAGCAAAAGUAAGCACUUCCUUCAUUUCUUUUUUUUUCUAAUUUUGCCAGUUUUAUCAGUGGUUGGAGAGAUGUGUUUUCAUUUGCCAUAUUGUUGGUUUCAUAAGAUUUAAUCCCUUUGGACUUCAAGGAUUAUGUAUUGAUUUCAUCAAACAUUUUAUUGUAAGUUACUGUUUAUAGAAUGAGGCCUGAAUUGAUCCCAAGGGAUGCCACUGGUGGGAUUACAAUUGUUGAAUUAGCUAACUAGGUUUGAAAAUGUCAGUUUUCCAUGCUUCUUUUUAGAAGACUUUACCAAAACAUGAUGCCAAAAGGCCAACUAUAUUGCCUUGCCUAUAUAAACUAUAUUAUUGGCUAUACAUGAAUAUUUCCAGCAAAGUUCAUUUGUAAAAACAACUGAUGCUAAGAAGGCAAGAGUUAGUUGCAGAAUUACUUCAGAAAUAGUACUGAUAGAUUUGUUCACAAUUUACUUUUAACAUAUUCGACAUAGUCAUUGAAGCAAUUGAUUGUGCUUUAAAGUGACCAGAAUGCGUAAAAAGGUGUAAUGUAUAAUUAGAAAGACAUAAGUAAAACUCAAUUAUUAAGCCACAAUUUUCAUGAAUUAAACUUUACCAUCCACAGAUAAGUCCUUACUGCUUGUUAAUCUUGGGUGCCUGCACUACACUUGAUUUUAAAAUUGUUGGUUUUCUAUAAAUUUUCAAGAUUUUCCUGAGCAGAUACAAAUUCAGGUUUUGAUGUGCUUCAAACUAAGGAACAUCACCUUUCAUGAAAUGUUUCCAGUAGAUGUGACGUGAGUGAAAACUUUACAAAAUGUCAUACUUAUUGCUACAUUUGAAUAGAAAAUAAAAGGAAUAAAGUAUUUUCCCUUUGCUACAAAUUAAUAAUACAAUCACAUGCAUAGAGAAUGUGAGGAACCUCCAACACUAAACUUUGAUAUUCACAUUAUGUGAAAUUUGAAAUUUUCUGGGUGACAUUAUACUUAUUGGUAGGUUUUUCUGGUUCAUGAAAAUAACUCAAGAACUAAUAAUAUUUGUAAUUGUGACCUUGUUGUAAUUGGGAAAAGCCACUAGUUGAUCAUAUGACCUUUAUUGAAUAUGUCAUGCUUGCUGUUUAAAAAAUUCCUAACUAAUCACAUGCAAAUUAAUGCUAAACAACUUUUUUGUAUUUAUUAAAAAUAAUUUAAAUAUAUUUGAUCUGAA